GAGGGGUUGGUGGGACCAGCAAAAGCCUGGAGACCAGCGGUGUGCAGGAUGGGUGGCCGGGAUGGGCUGCUACCUGCCGGAGCCACCCCCGGUCCCAGCACCCCGACAGGGUGUGAGAGACUAGUAGCUUCUCCAGCUGCCCUCUCCUGGCCGUUGGGCCACCUGGCACAGCAGGUGUGUGGAGGGGGCUGCCAGAAGCCUCCCCCCAAGCCUGACAUCACCUCCCCAUUGCCAUAGCCUGGGUAUUCAGGGAACAGCAUGGCUGAAGAGGCCAGGCUGUGUCAUGGGUGGGAUCCUGCCCCCCACUGGCCCACCCCGUGCAUUGGGGUCCAGCGGAUUCCAUUGGGGUUGGGGCUGCAGAGCCAGCCAGCCAGGUGGGUGUGUGCCUAAAAAGACACCUGCCUCCAGGCAGAUUCAUGGGUGAUAACAGCGUCUGGGCUCUGCGCCCCACACUCGUCAGGGAUGACGGGGUGGCCCUGCCCAGGGCUGCAUGCCUGCUUGGUGACUCUAGGCCUGGUUAGGGUGUUCCAGAGGGUGAUGCCCUGGGCCCGGCCCAGGCGGGCACGAGACCCUCUGAAGGGGGCUGGACUCUGCCAACCUGUGCAGGCGUCAGUGCUGAGCAGGGCGGAUUGCUGGCGGCAGCUCCCAGAGGCAGGCCUGGCUCCCUACAGAGAGCCUGAUGCCCCCACCGCCUGACUUGGAGGGAUGUCAUCAUCCCUGCACCCCCAGCCAUGCCUAAGACCCUGAGCCUCCAGCUGCUGAAGCUUCAGAGGCCUAACUGGGAGCCCCUCAGCCGCAAACCUCUGCCUGCACCCCGAUGUGCAGAAUGAGGGCCUGUGGAGGGGGGAAGCGAGGCCUUGCUGCCCCUCCCACCUUGGUCUGGGCUGUGCUGUUGGCCAGAGACACAGCCCCCAUUGUGUGGUCUCAGGAUGGAGCCUGAGCCCCUGGCUGAGCCCCUGGCCUGGCUCCUGGGCCCCAUGGGGGGAGGGGUCCGGGGGGGGGGUGUUGCUGGCAGCUGACACUGGAGGCCUGCCCUAAAGGGUCCCCUCCACCGCCCCCUCUGGAUGGAGAGCUGUGCAGGCAGCAUUUGCCCAAGGGUCAUCUGUUCGAUGGAGAGGGGGUGCUUUGUCCCAAAGAAUGACAGGAGUUGAUCUGGUGGCCAACUGGCUGUGUGAGUGUGAGUGUGAGUGUGUGUCUGUGUGUGUGUGUGUGUGUGAGAGAGAGAGAGAGAGAGAGAGAGAGACAGAGAGAGAGCUGGUAGACCCUGAACAGCUGAGCAUGGGGUCCAACCGUCCUAGCCACUCCACAGGCUUGACUGGGGAGCCUGGGGUGUCGGCCGGUGCCGUGACCCAGCAGGGACACACCAGACAGUACCCUGGCCUGGGGUAGUUGUCCCUGGGCAGGGACAAAGCUCAGAGGGGAUGCUGGGAGAGGCCCCAAGCCUAGCCUGGCAUCAUUGCAAGCUGAAACCUGAACUGAGCUGGACUAGGCGAGCUGCGUGCAGAUUUGGGACGUGGGGAAUGAGUCUUCUGCAGGGCCUGGGAGGAGGCCUGCGGGGGGUUUGGACCUGACCAACCAGGUAGCUGUGGCUAGGUGUGGGCAGGGCAGUUCCUGGUCAGAGCUGGCUUUUGGAGGCUGGCAGGAAGGGAUGGGGGCGUCCUGGACAGGUGGGGCUGUGGGGCGGGACAGGAGGGGCCCCAGCUCUAGCAGCCCUGGGCUACUGCAGCCAGGAAGCUAUCAAAAGGCCGCCUGCCCCUUGAAGCCCACGUGCCGGGGGGAGCCCACCAGCGGCGUGGGAGUCAAGGGGUGUGGAUACCCCGUGGAAAGGUCCACUGGGUCUGGGCACUGCUUGGAUAGCUGUUUUGGGGGGAACCUCUGUGUGUGGAGGGGCUCCCUGAGGAUGAACCAGGUCUCCUCUGCCCGGCCCACCCCCAUGGGCUCCCCUUCCCAUAUCCGACGUUUUUGCUGGUGAGCGAGUUCAAUUCUAAAACGGGCCUGGGGGCGCUGGGCUUAGAAUACUCCCUGAAAAGAGCUGGGAGCUACCAAGCCCCCACAUGAGGCCCUGGGGAGGGGCUGAGUCAGGGAGGCAGAAGCUCCGCUGCACCUGGGCCCUGCUGCCCCUCCUGCCGGAGCGGGGGUUUGGGGGGGAGCAGGUGGCCAGGGAAGCCGUGGGUGGUCCUCUCCUGGCCUCCCCCAGCCACUGCUAAAUGCUCCUGCCUGGGGCUGGGAAGGGGGGAGGGCAGUGGCAGAGUACCCCGACUAUGGGUGGCCUUUAGAGAUGUGUCCCAAACAGCAGGCUCCCAGACAGGGGCCUCCCCAGGCCUCAUGACCAUGCCACGGGUCCGUCCCCACGCGGCUGCCUCCCGGGCUCCCCCAGGCAUUGACUCUGGCAGGACCUCUGGGGAAUGAUGGCCUGGUGGGCCCUUCCUUGGCCUGGCCUGGGGUUCUCAAGCUGGGUGACACUCACGGCCUCCUCCCCAGCGAGUCCACCCCCGCCAGGCUGCCUGCCCCCUGCUGCCCCUCCAUCGCCCCCACUGAAGGAGAUUCAGUGUGGCUUCACUCUGGGGGCGCCGGGACAGGGGUGAGCAGGGACCCAGAGUGACAGCGCUGGAGAGGGAAGACAGUGGUGAUUGCAUUUAGCAGAGCAUGGGGCUGAGGGGGACACGGCCCCUGGUUAGCUGCAGGUGGUGGGAUGUGGAGGCCAGUCUCCGUCAUCAGCACCAGAGGGCUCCAUGGAGUCUGGUGGGGCAGACAGGUGAGAACAGGGGGUAGAGAGCAGGGCAGUAUGGUCCAGGCGGGGCCAGGAUGCUGUCUCGGGUGCCAAGGCCGGGCCGGAGGGGUGUGGCACAACGUGGUGGCAGAGAAGUAAGGCUGGUCACUUCAUGACCGGUGAGCCUGCGGGCUGGCGGCGGGAGCUUGGCAGACAGCACCCUGCCUCCCGGCCACUGCAGUGUGGCCGCUGGGAGAGCCGGCCCUGGUCAGCCCCUCGCAAGGAGAGGUGUGCUGGACAGGUAUGGUGUUAGUGAGUGGAUGCAGACCCGGCUGGGGCAGGCAGGCUCGUCCCGAGUUGCCUGAGGUGUUGGGCCAGGUCUCUCAGGACUAUAGAUGGCCAAUUAGGCAUCUUUUUAGACAGCUGGCAAAUCCCAGCUGGGAAGGCCACUCCGUCCCAGGGUUUGGGUGGUGAGUCUGGUGGAGGAGCUAAGACCACAGCCACGGGGACUGAGAGACCUGGGCAGCCCCACCCCAGUCUUGUGGCCUGAGAGCGGGGCUCUUGGUGGCCCUUGGGGGACAGCCUGCAGGGUGGGUCUGAGGGCAGUGGGCAGCAAGGCAGACUGGGCAGACCGCUGUGCCCAAGGUGGCUGCAGUCCCAGUGCUGCCUGUGUGCGUGGGCACCUUGCCAGGUGACGGGGCAAAUACCUACAGACCUGCAGAGGUGGUGGGGGCAGAAGUGCCGAGAGAGGAUGGCCUGCACUGCAGCCCCGGCAGGCGGAGGAGGGGCCUGGGGUUGGUGUGAGGGUGCAGAGUUUGGGGGUUCAGCUUGUUGACAGGAGCUGGGCACAGAGAGGGUAGCCCAGGCCCUGCCUUGUCCCCUCAGCUGAGCUGUCCUGGGGAGUGGACAAGCGGUGUUGGACAGAGGCCUCAGGGCAGGGAGGACACCCCGGUCAGGACGCCCUGGGGAGCCUGGUACGGCAGGCAGCCUGGGCCCCGAUCCUGCCACCUCUGCAGACACCUCCCCUCCCCGUCCAGGACUCUGCCCUCCCAGAGCCCCCCAAAAUGGGCAGGGCCUGCAGGGCCUCAUGGCUGAUGCUGGCCUUGGGCUCCUGCAUCCUGCCUACCCUCCCACUCAACCUUGCUCAGACCCCAGGUGGUCGGUCUCAGGGAGUAGGACCCACCCUGGCUGUCCAGUUCCCUCACCCCGGAGCUCCACCUCCCUCCCCGUCCUGGGGUUCUAGCUGUGCAGCCUUGGGGACCCCUCUCACCCCAGCGCCCACAGCUGAGAAGACAAGUGCCUGGCAGGAGGGGCUGCCCGCUAUUAGGGCAGAGAGAGCCUCUGUGAGGACCCAUGGGUUCCCAGGGGCUGGCACGGGCGGCCCCGACAGAUGCCUUGGACGUCUCACCACCACCGCUCUGCCCUGACGGGCCUGGUCUGGGGACCCAGCCGCCUCUGAGCCUCCAUGGCCCCUUCUCUGCCGCUGGACGUUGGCGCCAAUCCCCACUACUGCAGGGGGUUCUUCCCUUGGCCCAGGGGAGGUCACAGCGUUCGGCCUCGUUGGCCACAGGUGGCUGGAGGAGCCAGGAGCCCGGCAGAGUAGGUGACCGAGGGUCUGGGAAGUUUCAGGAAAAGGAGCUGGGGGGACAGAUACCUGUGGCUCCUAAGCUGCCCCCACGGGCCCUGGGCAGCCUCCCCAGGCCCCUCACUGGGUUAGACCUGGCUCCUGGAGCCUCCUUCAGAUGGUCGGGGUGGGAGGUGCUAACGGCACGGCCUGGACUCCAUGCUCCGCGGGCCCUGCCAUGUGCCGGUCCGGGGAGGGCACGGUCUGGCUGGGGUGGGGGUGGGGGGCCGGGAGCAGACUGGGAGCCGGAUGGUGCGGGCUAAGUGCAGACCCUGACAGGAAGGAAUCCUGGCUUCACUGCAGGUGGGCCCUGGAGGCAGGGUGGGCUUCCCCGGCCCGGAGAGCUCCGCCCCGUGGAGAGAAGGGGCUGGGGCUGGCGGCCGGCCCGACCCAGUGUGCCAUCUCCUUCCUUCAUUCACAGUGCUGGGGCUCCUUCCUGCUGAGUGACACGGCUCUGGCCCAGAGCUGGCCUUGAGGUCAGGGUAGAGUAACAACAGUUUGCCGAGGAGGAGUCGGGGGGUGAGUGGGAGGGAGGUCACAGCCCCCGGAAGGAUGUCCUCUGGGCUUCCCUGCCCACCCGCCCGCCCGCCCUGCUGACAGCGCUGAUCCGAGGCUCUGAGCGCCCUUAUCCCUUGAUCCACCUUCGUUGCUGUGAGCCCCAAAUGAUCUGCCUGAGGGCCUGGGGUGGCGAGAGGCAAGGGAACCCCAAGACCAGUGCAACCUCAGGACCAACAGCUGGCCGGCCAGCAGGGAGGUCCGGAGCCCGCUGAUGCUGGCUGCCGUCAUGGAGGGCCAGCCUGUGGCCCUGAGCUUGGCGGAGAAAGCCGUGUGCAAAGUGGUGUACGGUGGCCCCCGCCCCCGCCCGCUGCUGCUGCCCGUGGGCCUGGAGCUGUGGCUGUACGUGCAGAAGAUGCGAAGCCUGCAGAGGAAGAGGAUGGAGGCCUCGUGCCUCGAGCUCGCCCUGGAGGGCGAGCGACUCUGCAAGGCUGGGGACUUCAAGGCGGGCGUGGCCUUCUUCGAGGCGGCUGUGCAGGUGGGCACCGAGGACCUGAAGACGCUGAGUGCCAUCUACAGCCAGUUGGGCAAUGCCUACUUCUACCUGAAGGAAUACGCCCGAGCGCUAGAGUACCACAAACACGACCUGCUGCUGGCCCGGACCAUUGGUGACCGCAUGGGGGAGGCCAAGGCCAGCGGGAACCUGGGCAACACGCUCAAGGUCCUGGGCCGCUUCGACGAGGCCAUCGUCUGCUGCCAGCGUCACCUUGACAUUGCCCAGGAGCAAGGGGACAAGAUCGGGGAGGCCAGGGCGCUCUACAACAUCGGGAAUGUGUACCACGCCAAGGGCAAACAGCUGUCCUGGAGUGCCGCGCAGGACCCCGGGCACCUGCCCCCCGACGUGCGUGAGACGCUGCGCAGGGCCUCCGAGUUCUACGAGAGGAACCUGUCCCUGGUGAAGGAGCUGGGUGACCGGGCUGCCCAGGGCAGGGCCUACGGCAACCUGGGCAACACCCACUACCUGCUGGGCAGCUUCGUGGAGGCUAUCACCUUCCACAAGGAGCGCCUGGCCAUCGCGAAGGAAUUUGGAGACAAGGCGGCCGAGCGAAGGGCUUACAGCAACCUGGGGAAUGCCCACAUCUUCUUGGGGCGCUUCGACGUGGCCGCCGAGUACUACAAGAAGACGCUGCAGCUGUCCCGGCAGCUCAAGGACCAGGCGGUGGAGGCACAGGCCUGCUACAGCCUGGGCAACACGUACACGCUGCUGCAGGACUACGAGCGUGCCGCCGAGUACCACCUGCGACACCUGCUCAUCGCGCAGGAGCUGGCAGACAGAGUGGGCGAGGGACGGGCAUGCUGGAGUCUGGGGAACGCCUACGUGUCCAUGGGGAGCCCGGCACAAGCCCUGACCUUCGCCAAGAAGCACUUGGAGAUCUCGCAGGAGAUUGGGGACCGCAACGGGGAGCUCACGGCCCGUAUGAACGUGGCACAGCUGCAGCUGGCACUGGGCCGGCUGACCAGCCCGGCGGCUGCCGAGAAGCCAGACCUGGCAGGCUAUGAGGCCCAAGGGGCCAGGCCCAAGAGGCCGCAGAGGCUGAGCGCGGAGGCCUGGGACUUGCUGAGGCUCCCGCUGGAACGGGGGCAGAAUGGAGACAGCCAUCACUGUGGGGACCGGCUCCCCCUCCCCGUGAGGAGCAGGAAGUACCAGGAAGGGCUGGACGCCGCUGAGAGGAGGCCCCGGGAGGGCAGCCACUCCCCGCUGGACAGCGCAGACGUCCGGGUCCAGGUGCCUCGCAUGAGCAUCCCUCGGGCCCCGUCCUCUGACGAGGAGUGCUUCUUUGACCUGCUGAGCAAGUUCCAAAGUAGCCGCAUGGACGACCAGCGCUGUCCCCUGGAGGAGGGCCAGCCUGGGGCCGCCGAGGCCACCGCCGCCCCCACCCUGGAGGAGAGGAUCGCCCAGCCCUCGCUGACAGCCUCCCCCCAGACCGAGGAGUUCUUCGACCUCAUCGCCAGCUCCCAGAGCCGCCGGCUGGAUGACCAGCGGGCCAGCGUGGGCAGCCUGCCUGGACUGCGCAUCACCCACAACAACCUGGGGCACCUGCGUGGUGACGGGGACCCCCAGGAGCCAGGCGACGAGUUCUUCAACAUGCUCAUCAAGUGCCAGUCCUCCAGGAUCGAUGACCAGCGCUGCCCGCCUCCCGACGGGCUGCCUCGUGGCCCCACCAUGCCCGACGAAGACUUCUUCAGCCUCAUCCAGAGGGUGCAGGCCAAGCGGAUGGACGAGCAGCGGGUGGACCUCGCCGGGAGCCCAGAGCAGGAGGUGGGCGGGCCACCCGAGCCCCGGCAACAGUGCCAGCCUGGCACCAGCUAAGGCCUCAUACCCACAGCCAGCCAGGCCUGCCCCACCCCCACUCCUGGAUGCCCAGGAGUGGGGGGGGCAGUUCACAAUAGUCCAGGAUGCCCAUGGCCCCCCAGAAGCCGAAUCCUCCCAAGGCCAUAGCUGAGGGCAGGCUCUGAGACCCCAGUCCUUCCCACUGAGCCAGACACUGGGCACACUGCCCCCACGGCGUCCCCUCCCCAGGAUGGCAGGCUUGGGCCAGGGCUGCCUAUGUGAGGGAGGGCAUACUCUGUCCUGGGCCAGCCCCCACAUGGUACACUGCUCCCUGCAGGCCUGCCCAGCCCCGCCUUCACCCCUGCCCCUGCCCUGCCCUAGGCUGGGCCUGCAGCAUGUCAGCCCCUGACCCGGUGCUGCCCAGACCCUUCGUGCCCUCUCCUUGCCCCCUGCCUGCUCCGUCCUGCCCGGCCAAAUGUGAAAACCCUGCUGCCUACCCCACGUCCCUCAAAGAUUCUCUGAAGUCUCUUCCCUGGGGGCUGCCAGCUACCUGGGCGUCUGUGCCCUCCCAGAGCUGGUCCCAGGAUGGCCCAGCAGACACGCUCACCCCACCCGGCCUCUCACCCCCAGGAGGUACCCCUCCCUCCUACCUAGGCUGGAGGAGCAGGAGAGUCUGGAGCAGACGGGGCAGCGGGGGCGGGCUCCCGCCCCACACAGUCCUCGGGCCCUGGCACGUUAGUCGCCUGCCCCGUGGCAUCCUGAAUAGGCAGGGACCCCGCGGGGCAGGAUGGAGAUGAGCAGCGACAUCCUCAACUCCAAGCCCUGAAGCCCAGCAACAGAUCAGGCCUACUUCCCGGAGGACGGGCCAGCAGCCGGGGCUGCACCCUGACCGUGCCAGCCCCGGGGAUGGCAUGAGGGCUUCGGCCCAGUGGCCAUGGGAGGCAGUGGGUCAGCAAAGCUGGGAGGGGCUCGGCUCAGCCCUGGGGCCCCAGUGAGCACCCAGCCGUCUCCCCCACCAGCUGGGGCGGUGACAUCACUACCUUCCCCAGUGGCGGUGGGGGUCUGGUCCCCGAAUGCCUGUGUUGGCUCCCAGGACUGGGCAAGAGACAGACCCCCUGGGGAAUGUGGCCAUCAGCUCUUACCACACCCCUGCCUCAGCCCACCUGCAGGGCCCCCCACCAGCCCCCUUCUGGAGCACUCCUGGGGUGGAGCCUUAGCCCCAUGGCCCCCAGGGCACAAGGUGGCACCUCUUUCAACAAUGGUACAUUAGCCCAGCCCCACGGCCCUGUGGUGCAUCCUGGGAGCUGUGGGUGGAGGGCUGGGCUGGGCUCAGUGUGAUGACCGCUAUGAAGGGGCACAGGGGGCCUCCCAAGCCAGGGCCCGCAGGUGUGGAGUCCACACCAGAGCACCGGCUUCUGCUCCGGCCGCCCGAGAACUUGAAUGUACAUGCGUAUUUAUUGCUCUCACGUGUUUGCCAUGUGGUCCAUGGGUCCUUUCCAACCCACAAGGUACAUUUGUUUUUCUGUUUUUCCGGAAAAAAAUAAAGUCUGCCAAGUGAAA